AUGUCCAUCCAGUCUCCGUGCUCCAGCAGUCUCAAUCGGCGUCUCCAGGAAUCGCUAUCCCAAAUCGAUCAAGCGAGGGAAAUAUGCAAGGUGCCGUCUAUCUCUUUUGGUGUGGUUCACGAAGGCAAGGUAGUGUUGCAAGGAAGUGUCGGGUACCGAGACGCUGAGAAGAGGUUCAAGUCUGAUACAGACACAAUCUACUAUAUUGGUUCCUGUUCCAAGAUGUUCACCUCUGCCGCCGUCGCCAUGCUAGUCGACGAAGGGAAGCUGCAUUGGCAGGACCCAAUUCAGAAAUACCUUCCAGAGUUCAACCCAGUAGGAGAUCCUCAGAUCGGCCAGAAUGCAGACCUUAUCGAUGCUCUUCGCCACUCGACAGGGGUAACUCAUCCGGGGGCGCUCUUCUACGGGCCCCGUGGGUCCAUUCUUGCUAGCGAGGAAGAUGUGAUCAAAAUCCUGAACAUAAUGCCGACAAGCAACAAAGAAGGCCAGAAAUUUAACCGCCACUGGGAGUAUAACAAUCUCACAUAUGGGCUUAUGGCUAAGGUGGUUGAGAGGGUAACAGGUCAAAAAUUCGCGGAAUUUGUUCGGGAACGCAUUUUACACUCGCUUGGCAUGAUGAGGACGGCUCUGUCAAGAGCGGACAUCGCAGGUGAUGAUAACGUCGCUGCUCCAUGUGCAACUCUCGAUGAUGGGAGCUUCGUUCAGCUGGACUCUGAGCCGUGGUCGCAUGAGGAUUGCUCACCAUUGCUGGCUGCGACGGGGAUGCGGAGCAGUGUCAGAGACAUGCUCAACUGGUGUGUUGCAGUCCUCUCUGCGGAGAGGAGAGAAAACCAGCCCCAGGUCAAAGACACAAAAGCAUCCAUACCCGUACCAGACGAUUCCUUACUUGGUACAGAGGCCAACAUGCACAACAAUCCCUUAAAGCAAAUGAAUCGAGUCCGUCGCGGCUACUGGACUCGACCGGCUGAUGACCCAUCAUUUAGCAAGGACGCUGCAUAUUGCAUGGGAUGGGUACGUAUGGAUCUUCCAUCUUCAAUGUUGGGAGCAUUCAGUGGCAAUCGCUACUCCCGAGAUACAGACCACCAGAUUCACCUGAAACACAUACUGGGGAUGAAAUCCCCGCCUUUCCUGGCGAUAGGCCAUACCGGCGGCAUGCCUGGAUCAAUAACGACAGUGUGGACAUUUCCUGACACACAAAGCGCGGUGGUGACUAUGAGCAAUGGCCGAAGCUUUGGAGACGCGAGCGACUUCGCGGCACAGAUCCUGAUUCAAGCAUUAUUCGACCUGACCCCAUGGGUAGAUCUGACUCCGUGGAUGAAGAAGGAGGCAGACUUAGCACGACAGUUCUUCUACGAGGGCCUUCAACGGCCAUGGAGGGAGAACCGACGACUCUCCGAUAUUGAACGGGACCCAAUGAUUUAUGUGGGAAGGUACCAGGGAUUUAAUGAUCUCUUCACCAUGACUGUGGUUGCGGACAGGGAGGCGGCCGGUUUUGAUGGCAAACUGGAUGUAGUAUUUAAUCAUAAUGGGGCUUCGAGACGAAAGCUGGUGUUCUACCGAAAAGAUACUUACAGUUUCCUCUUGCAAGAUUGGAAUAGCUACGUGGUAGCUUCGGCAGGUCCAGCGGAUUACAGACAGACUCUCCUGGAGUUCAAGCUUGACUCUGCAGAUGAGCAAGUUACUGGACUCUGGUGGCUAUGGCACGUGGAUGAGAAGCCGGCCUGGCUUAGGCGGAUUGAAUAA